UUUCCUUUUAAUCGUCUUCUGAUGUUGACUGCUUUCAAGAUCCAUAAAUUUGUUCUUAUAGUAAGCUUGUCUGUUGCAUAUUGAAGAAUAUGUAAGAUCAGUACAAAAACCAGAAUCAAUUGCAAGUUUUAUUAGGUGCUUAAUUUCUAGAUUAAUCUUCAUUCUUACUCUAUAAAUACAAUGGCUUCAGGUUCGCAUCUCCACACCUCAAAAAUCUCCUUGCAAAAUAUCAAUCAAUUCUAUUUUCACCCCUCCUCUGAUCAUUUCUCAAAUCACAAGUAAUCAUGGGUGUUUUCACUUAUGAAUCUGAGGUUGUUACUUCAAUCCCACCAGCCAAGAUGUUUAAGGCUUGUAUCCUUGACGGUGACAAGCUCAUUCCCAAGGUUGUUCCUCAGGCAUUUAAGAGUGUUGAGUAUAUUGAAGGCAAUGGUGAGCCUGGCAGCAUCAAGAAAGUUACUUUUGGAGAAGGUUACUUAAUAUUUGCCUUUCUAUAUGCAGGAAGCCAAUUCAAUCACGUAAAGCAGAAGAUAGAAGCACUAGACAAAGAAAAUUUUGUGUAUAGUUAUAGUAUAAUCGAAGGCGAUGCUUUGAUGAACACUCUUGAGAAAAUCACUUACGAAACCAAAUUAGAACCCUCUGCAGCUGGGGGAUCCAUAUGUAAGACUACUAGUAAGUAUUACACCAUUGGAGACUUACAGCUCAAGGAAGAGGAAAUCAAGGCAGGAAAAGAAAAGGCCUCGGGAAUGUUCAAGGCUAUUGAAGCCUACCUCUUGGCAAAUCCUGAUGCCUGCUAAAAAUCAAAAUAUUAAGAAUUUGAGAUAGCAUCCACUUCAAUGAUCAUACAAUGUGGAAUGCAUAUGUGCCUUUUUUUUUUUUUUUUUUAAUUUCUAGUUUUAGCAGUUGAUGGUCAAUAUGGCCUUCUUAUUGCUAAUAAGAGUUCACAGUUUGUCCUGACUACCAGGAAGCUUGAACUGAAAAUGGCAACUGCCUGUAAUAAAUAAAGAAGCAUCGAAUGUGUUUAAGCUUUAAAUUAAAAGUUGUUUUCUAAUAAAGCUAUCCAUUGAAAAUGAUAAGUUUGGU